CACAUUCUACCAGUAAUCCUUACUUGUCGUCAGAGAUCCUGAACAAUUUGUAGCGUGUGUGACAAAAAUUCAUAGAGUAAAACAUUGUUUUGUGGCAUGUUUAUGGUAUCUUUGCGACACGUUGUUUGUAAUUAAGAUGGUUGGAAUCCGUCGUAUAAUAGAUUUUGAGAGUCAUAUCACUUUACACCCUAGCUGAAACAACAAUCAUGACAUUGUUGUACGUGUGCGUGCCGUAUUUCUACACAACCAGAAAGGCAUAAAAAUAAAAGUGACAGUGCCAGCAAGUUUUAAAGGCUGUUUUGGCGAGGUUUAUCUAUAUACGUCAUAUAACAACAUUGGAAAAAUAAAUCGGCAUGAACCCCUUCUUCAUUUGAGAAGAAAAUAUUUUAUGAUGAAAACAGAAAACAUGCCAGCCCGUUUCCCAGAAGUUGAAGUGCAUGCUCCGGUAGGAGUGAGAACAGUUGACACAUCUACAGUAAAUUCCGUGCCCAACGGUCACUGGAACAUGGAUGAUGACAUAGUUAUUACUGGUAUCUCAGGAAGGUUACCAGAAAGUUCCAACAUAGAAGAAUUUAAGCAACAACUCUUUGAAGGUGUUGAUCUAGUGACAGAUGAUGAGAGAAGGUGGCCAUCUGGCCUGUAUGGCUUGCCCACUCGAACUGGAAAACUGAAGGAUCUGGCGCAUUUUGAUGCUACAUUCUUCGGAGUACAUGCAAAGCAGGCCCAUGUUAUGGAUCCCCAGUUGCGAAUGUUGCUUGAAUUGACACAUGAGGCUAUAGUUGAUGCAGGAGUAAACCCCGUUGAUGUCAGAGGAUCAAGAACAGGAGUUUUCAUUGGAGUAUCUGACAGUGAGUCUGAUGAGUAUUGGACAGCUGACCCAGAGAAAGUCAAUGGAUAUGGUCUUACAGGCUGCUGCCGUGCAAUGUUCCCAAACAGAAUCUCGUACACAUUUGAUUUCUCAGGUCCCAGCUAUGCCAUUGAUACUGCUUGCUCCUCCAGUAUGUUUGCUCUCCAGCAGGCUAUGAAUGCUAUGCGCACAGGACAAUGUGAUGCAGCUAUAGUAGGCGGUGUUAACCUGUUGUUAAAGCCCACAUGUUCACUUCAGUUCCAUCGGUUAAGCAUGCUCAGCCCUCAGGGAAUGUGUAAAGCAUUUGACGCCUCAGGCAAUGGAUAUGUACGCAGUGAAGCAGCAGUUGUAAUUUAUCUCCAGAAAUCUUCACAAGCUAAACGUGUUUAUGCAACAAUUGUGAAUGCAAAGACCAACACUGAUGGUUAUAAAACUCAAGGUAUAACUUUUCCUUCUGGAGAAAUGCAGAAGAAACUUGUUAAAGAAGUUUACGCAGAAGUGGGACUCAACCCUUCAGAUGUAUCCUAUGUUGAGGCGCAUGGUACAGGCACUAAAGUGGGAGACCCUCAGGAAGUGAAUGCUAUUGCUGACGUAUUCUGCAAGGAUCGCAACUCUCCGUUGUUGAUAGGUUCUGUGAAGUCCAACAUGGGUCACUCGGAGCCAGCAUCUGGCCUAUGUUCCAUAGCAAAAGUUGUUAUAGCUAUGGAAGCAGGCUUUUUGCCAGCAAAUUUGCACUUUAAAGAGCCAAAUCCAGAUAUUCCUGCUCUCUUGGAUGGCCGGCUUCAGGUAGUUGAUAAAGCAAUUCCAUGGAAUGGUGGUCUAGCUGCUGUAAAUUCUUUUGGCUUUGGGGGAGCAAAUGCACAUAUUGUUCUCCGUUCAAACCCAAAACCAAAGACACCAGCUAUUCAAGAUGGUGUUCCUCGUUUAGUUACAGUUUCAGGAAGAACAGAUGAAGCAGUUUCAGCAUUUCUUGAAAAAAUCGAAAACUCUCCUAGAGAUGACGACUUAAUCAGCCUGCUUCAUGAGAUUCAUGCUACAAAUAUAACAGGACAUAAUUACAGAGGCUUCACGGUCUUGGGUGGAGGUUCCACUUUGAGAGAAAUUUCUCAUUUUGAUGGAGAAAAGCGACCUGUAUGGUUUGUCUUCUCUGGAAUGGGCACCCAAUGGCCUGGAAUGGGAAGUGAUCUUCUCCAGAUUGAAGUUUUUGAGAAGGCAAUUAGAAAAUGUUCUGAAGCACUACAACCAGAAGGUGUAAACUUGUACGACACCAUCGUCAAUGGAACAGAAGCGACGUUUGACAAUGUUCUGAAUUCUUUCAUUUCAGUUGCAGCAAUUCAGGUAGCGUUGGUGGAUGUACUCUCUUCACUCGGCAUACAUCCUGAUGGAAUUGUUGGACAUUCAGUUGGGGAAUUAGGAUGUGCAUAUGCUGAUGGCACAUUCACUGCAGAACAGACAGUUCUUGCUGCAUACUGGCGAGGGCGCAGUAUUCUCGAGUCUAAGUUGCCUCGUGGGAGCAUGGCGGCUGUUGGUCUAACUUGGGAGGACGCUAAGGCUCGAUGCCCACCAGAACUUGUUCCUGCUUGUCAUAAUAGUGCUGAUAGUGUGACAGUUUCUGGCCCUCCUGAUGCCAUUGCUAAGUUUGUGAAAACCCUUCAGGCAGAGGGAAUAUUUGCAAAGGAAGUCAAUAGCUCUGGUGUGGCGUUUCACAGUCGCUACAUUGCUGAUGCUGGCCCAAAGCUGAGGAAAUGCCUUGAAAAGAUAAUACCAAAUCCGAAACAACGUACCUCUCGCUGGAUUAGCUCAUCAAUUCCAGAAAGUGCUUGGGGGACAUCUCUUGCACAGUGGUCAUCAGCUGCCUAUCAUGUUAACAAUUUGCUGUCACCUGUCCUCUUCAAUGAAGCGCUAAAAUUUGUUCCUGAAAAUGCAAUUGUUGUGGAGGUAGCUCCACAUUGUCUGCUCCAGGCUAUCUUGAAGCGUUCGCUUGCAUCGACAUGCACAAAUGUUGGACUUAUGAAACGGGGCCACAAAGAUAAUAAGGAAUUCCUGUUCUCAAAUAUUGGAAAGUUGUACAAUGCUGGACUUCAGCCAAAAUUAGCUCAGUUCUACAACAAAAUAAGCUAUCCUGUUGCAAGGGGCACUCCAAUGAUUGCACCAUUGAUCCAGUGGGAUCACUCUUCAGAAUGGAGUGUUGCUAGCUUUAGUGGAAAGGGUGGAUCUCGCUCUGGGGAAUGCAUUAUUGAAAUUGAUCUUAGUAAGGAGCAGGACACUUUCCUAUCAGGACAUGCCAUUGAUGGAAGAGUACUUUUCCCUGCAACUGGCUACCUGACUCUUGUAUGGAAAACAUUCGCCAAACUGCAGGGAACUUCUUUUGAAGACUUGAGUGUUGUGUUUGAAGAUGUACAGUUCCAUCGAGCCACCAUAAUGCCGAAAGAAGGUUCUGUAAAAUUUUUGGUGAACAUUUUUGAUGGCUCAGGAAGUUUCGAACUAUGUGAAGGAGGAGCUGUGGUUGUCUCUGGGCGAAUAUAUGUGCCAGAGGACCCUGACCAUGAGAUGCUAAAUCUUCCUGCUCCUGCCAAGUUGUCAGAAAACAAAGAAAUGCUGCCAUUAACAACUUCAGAUGUUUACAAAGAACUGAGACUAAGAGGCUACGAUUACGGUGGCAUCUUCCGUGGAAUUGCAGAAUCUGAUAAUAGAGGUGUGAAUGGAAAGUUGAACUGGGUUAACAAUUGGAUUAGUUUCAUGGACACCAUGUUGCAGUUCUCUAUUCUGGGACAAAACACUAGAGAACUGUACUUACCAACUCGGUUACAGAGAGCAGUCAUCAACCCUAAGAAGCAUAAACAAAUAGUGGAGAGCUUUAAUGAAGGAAUUCCUGUUCAUAUGUACCGCAAUAUUAACAUCCUGAAGUCUGGUGGAAUUGAGUUAAGAGGUCUGAAAGCCAGUUUAGCACCAAGGCGGCAGCAAACUCAGGCUCCUCCUAAGCUUGAGCAGUAUACUUUUGUACCAUAUGCAAAUGUAAGCAAAAAGGAGGUCACAAUAGAAGAUGGUGCAAGAGUAAGACAACAAGCACUCACAGUGUGCUUGCAGAUUGCUCUGGAGAACUCAGGUGGAGCAUUGAAAAUGAAAGUUGCUGAAGUGGCAGAUGACAGGCAACCAGAGACUCUUCUUGCACCUGUAAUAAUUGACAUAUUAGAAUCUGAACCAAUCCUUACUGUUGACAUGACUGUGGCAUCUGCAAAUCCCGAUUUGUUUGCUAGUGCAGUUGAACCACUAGGUGUGAAAAUGGUUACCAAAAAUAUAAGCUCUGAGCCAGUGGAUCAAAAUUGCCACAUUGUCGUGGGAACAGGAAUACUGCAGCGACCUGCUGGUGUACUGGACAACAUGGUUGCAUCACUAAAAGAAGGUGGUUUCAUAUUGUUGGAGGAAAGCCGAUCAGUUGUUGAAAGCUGUAGGUUACCAGAUGGCUGGGAACUUGUUGCCAGACAGGAUACAGGCUUACAUUCUUUUGUUCUCCUGCGUAAGCCCGUGGUCUCAGAUUACGCAGUUCAGAUUCAAGUUACAGAGAAAAAUUUUGAUUGGGUGGAACCUCUGAAAUCUGCAAUGAAACAAAGUGAGACUGAAGGUACUAAAAUACUUGUUGUCUGCUGUGGAGAAAAUCAAUGUGGAAUAGUUGGGAUGAUAAAUUGCAUCAAACAGGAGCCUGGUGGUAACAAUGUUCGGUGUGUUUUUGUGCAAGAUGAAAAAGCACCAGCAUUUUCAAGAAGUCAUGAAUUCUAUGCAGCACAAUUGAGAAAGAAUCUGGUGUUGAAUGUCCUCAAGAAUGGUAUUUGGGGUAGUUACAGACAUAUGCAUCUUGACUCUGUUCUCAAGGAUUCUGCCACUGCUCUGCAAGUUGAGCAUGCUUACAUCAAUGCACUAACAAGAGGAGAUCUUGCUAGUUUGCGGUGGAUUGAAGGACCACUUACGUAUUACAGGCCAGAAAGGUUCCCAGGCAAGGAGCUGUGUCAUGUCUAUUAUGCACCUUUGAAUUUCCGUGACGUUAUGUUGGCAACAGGGAAACUCCCGCCUGAUGCUCUGCCUGGUGAUCUUGCAGGACAGGACUGCAUUCUUGGAUUGGAAUUCUCUGGUCGGAAUUCUGCUGGCAAGAGAGUGAUGGGAAUGGUUGCAGCCAGGGGACUGGCUACAACUGUGCUGGCGGAUCCUGGUUUCUUGUGGGAAGUACCCGAUAAGUGGUCCCUGGAGGAAGCGGCCACUGUUCCUGUUGUCUAUGCCACGAGCUAUUAUGCCCUUGUGGUAAGAGGUCAGAUGCGUCCUGGUGAUUCAGUGCUGAUUCAUGCUGGUACUGGAGGAGUUGGCCAAGCAGCUAUUGCUAUUGCACUGCAUAUGGGUUGCACUGUUUUCACUACUGUAGGUAGUGCAGAAAAGAGAGCUUUCCUCAAACAGCGUUUCCCUCAGCUAACAGACAAGAAUAUUGCAAAUUCUCGAGACACAAGUUUUGAACAGCAUGUUCUUAAGGAAACUGAUGGUAGAGGUGUUGAUUUGGUCCUAAACUCUCUUGCUGAAGAGAAGCUCCAAGCAUCUGUUCGUUGCCUAGCUAAAGAUGGAAGAUUCCUUGAAAUUGGGAAGUAUGAUCUCUCAAACAACAAUCCACUAGGAAUGGCAUUUUUCCUGAAGAAUACAACAUUCCAUGGGAUCCUCCUAGAUGCUCUUUUUGAAUCUGAUAGUGUGGCAAAGAAAGAAGUUUUUAGGCUAGUCACUGAGGGUAUUAAGUCUGGUGCUGUGAGGCCUCUUCCUGCCACUGUGUACUCUGAAAAUCAAGUGGAGCAAGCAUUCAGAUUUAUUGGCUCUGGAAAACAUAUUGGAAAAGUUGUUCUAAAAAUCAGAAAUGAAGAAGCAGAUAAGCAUGUCAAACCUAUUACAAAGUUGGUGCCUGCCAUUCCCCGCACAUACAUGAAUCCUGAGAAAGUAUACAUUCUGGCUGGUGGUCUGGGAGGAUUUGGACUGGAGCUUACAAAUUGGCUGAUCAGUCGUGGUGCUACUAAUAUAGUCCUGACGUCACGCAGUGGCAUUCGCACAGGGUAUCAGUCACUGUGCAUUAGACGCUGGAGGGAAGCUGGUAUUGUUGUGCAUAUAUCAACAGCAGAUUUCAGCAAAGAGAAAGGUGCUGAAAAGCUCAUCAAGGAAGCCACAAAACUUGGCCCUGUUGGAGGAAUCUUCAAUCUGGCAGCAGUCCUUAGAGAUGCAUUCAUGGAAAACCAAUCCGCAGAAAAUUUUGAAGCAGUGUGUAUGCCAAAAGUAACUGGAACUAAGAACCUAGACAAAGUUUCACGGCAACUAUGCCCAGAGCUUGAUUAUUUUGUGACAUUUUCAAGUGUAUCUUGUGGACGGGGCAAUGCUGGUCAAGCUAAUUAUGGUUUGGCCAACUCAGCAAUGGAGAGGCUUUGUGAAACUCGUCAGGCUGCAGGACUGCCUGGUUUGGCCAUACAGUGGGGUGCAAUUGGAGAUGUGGGUCUAAUAUUGGAGACAAUGGGUGAUAAUGACACUGUUGUUGGUGGAACUCUGCCACAACGUAUGUCAUCUUGUCUGGCAACCAUGGAUACCUUCUUGCAACAGCCAUACCCAGUACUGGCAUCAAUGGUAUUGGCAGAGAAGAAAGGACGUUCAACAGAUGCAGGAUCAACUGUCGCACUUUUGGAUGCCGUUGCCAACAUUUUGGGCAUCAAAGAUGUAACUACAGUAAGUGCACAGACAUCACUAGCAGAUCUUGGAAUGGAUUCGUUGAUGGGUGCAGAGAUUAAACAAACAUUAGAACGAAAUUACGACUUGGUAUUAAGUGCACAAGAUAUUCGAAACCUUACAUUCCAAAGACUCUCGGAAUUGAGUAAUUCCGGUGUACAAGGCAGUGUUUCCGAUGCAAAUGGGGCAGCACCUGCAGAUUCGGCACAGGUACAGUUCGAAAAUCUAGAGGAAUUAAUGCCAAAGGAUGUUCUGGUUCAGAUGCCUUCCAAAGGAACACAUGGCAAGAAAAAUGCUAUAUUUAUUGUUCAUCCAAUAGAAGGAGUUGUGACUGCACUUCGUGAACUAGCAUCCGAGGUUUCACAACCUGUCUGGGGCCUCCAGUGCACUUCAGAAGCACCAUUGGACUCGAUCCAUGAACUGGCCAAAUUUUACUUAGAGCAUGUGAAGAAAAUUCAGUCAAAGGGUCCAUACACACUUUGUGGGUAUUCUUUUGGUGCAUGUGUUGCAUUUGAGAUGGCGCUUCAGCUGGAAAAUGCUGGCGAAGCAGUGUCGCUAUUCCUUCUUGAUGGCUCACCAUCGUAUGUAGCAGCACAUACUGGCAACUACCGCGCACGCAAAUCGCUCGAUCGAAAGGGAGAGGAAUGUGAUGCACUUACGUACUUCGUUCAACUUUUUGCUGAUGUUGACUUCCAGAAGACAAGACAGGAGCUAAUGGCACUGCCCACAUGGGAGGCAAGACUGCAAAGGAGCACAGAGUUCCUCGCAGGUAAUGUUAGGUAUCCAGCAGAACAGCUUGCAAAGGCUGCAGAAUCAUUUUAUCAUAAACUGAUGGCAGCUGAUAAAUAUCAGCCCUCAGCUCAAUAUGCAGGAAGUGUCACAUUAGUACGUGCGAAGGACAAUUAUGUAUCGCUAGGCGACGACUACGGCUUGUCAAAGGUGUGUAAGAAACCAGUGAAGAUCCAUUCGCUUAAAGGAAAUCACCGAGAAAUCUUGUUUGGAGAUUCAGCUAAGAAAGUUGCGGACAUUUUAUGUUCAAGUGCGUCACAGUAGAUAGUUUGAUAGGAAAGUACAGUGUUUUUCUGUAAAUGACUAACUUUUGUCUAAGACUAUGAAUAAAUACCAAGUUGGUAAAUAUUCAUAUGUAAGGCAGUGGAACAUGUAUCACAAAGUGAUACAGAAACUUCAUUCUUCGUGAUCUGAAGGAUGAUGUACUACAUUUGCCAUCCAUUUUAGAACACUUGUAGUCAGAAAAGAGAUUUCUGAUCAUUCUUCUUGUGCUUACACUCGAUACUUCUGCCACAAGAAAUGAAUAUUCACAAGUGCUCUCUAAUAUGAUUUAAAAUCUGUAUAUUCUGUAGGUCUGUUGUAUAGCUUGUUUGUGAUAAUUGCUGUGUUCAAAAAUGUUGUGUAUUGCCUUAUUUAUUUUUGUAAUGUGGAUCAUAUUUUUCAUUUAAGAGAAGAAUGUGGAAAUUAAGUGUGAAUAUAAUCUAUUUAAUAAUAAUUUAACUACAAAGAACUUUCAUUUUAUAAUAGCUGACUUGCCCUUAAGUCUUUCAUAUUUACAUGUCAUUCAUUUAAACAGUGUUCUGCGCAUAGAACAUAAAAAGUAAGUUGUAUGUUUGCACAAUAUUCAAAUUUUGAUAAACCACUGCACAAGUACUUCACCUGUUCUUGCAUUUCUCGUAGCGAACAGAUAUCUGUAUAUAAAAUUGUUGUGAUUUUUUUUUCCACUAAAGAAUAAAAUAUUGCCAAGAACUAUGAGAGAUAAGAAUUUGUAGUUCAUUUUUAAAUUUAAUCAUAUGUAGACUGCAUAGAGCAGCCUAAAAAUUAGCUUGCAUUUUCAUAUUUCUGAAAUGUGAUAAUCCUAUAUUUGUACAGUAUAUUUCUUUGUAAGAGUAGUAAAUGUGUAAAGUUCCUUUUGUGUGUAUACACUGAAAAAAGAUAAUUUAUUGUGUGUUGUAAAUAAAAUGUUGUCUAUUAGACCUUAUUUUCCCCAUUCAGUUGACCCAGAACUGAUUUUCUCCCACGCUGCAUUUAAAGAGAUUGUAUGAAAGAUUAUUUGUUCUUUUUUAUGUGAUUUAAUGUUUGUAUGACUGUUGGUGUACAAAUAAUCUUAGUUAAAUAAAAUAGAACUAUGUCAGUA